CAAGUGUCAAACUGGGUGCGGCCUUUGUGUUUCUCAGUCUCUGCUUUUUAUUUGGUUACAAACAAACAAGGCACAUUCCUGAUUUUGUGGACUCUCAGCUUCUUCUACUGCUCUCUGUAACAAGCUCAUCAAGUCUUUGUUGCUGAGAAUUCUCGGAACAUGGGGCGUGAACACUUUUUGGUGGCUUUCUGUUUAUGGGCUUUGACAUGCUCUUUACUUCCGGCUUCAUCCGAUGCCUUAACGAGGAUCGGUUUGAAGAAGCGGAGCUUGGAUCUUCAAAGCAUUAAUGCUGCUAGAAUGGCGAGAAUGAAAACCAAAAAUGCAAAGGGUGUGAAAGUGAUGCAUAAUAAUUUGACGGAUUCGGAUGUAGAUAUAGUAGUCUCUCUCAAGAACUAUUUGGAUGCACAAUACUACGGAGAGAUUGCUAUCGGUUCACCUCCCCAGAAAUUCAGUGUCAUAUUUGACACUGGCAGCUCCAAUCUAUGGGUUCCAUCAUCAAAAUGUCAUCUUUCUAUUGCUUGCUUAUUCCAUUCCAAGUACAAGGCUAUGCGGUCCAGUACAUAUACUAAAAUUGGAAACUCUUGUGAAAUACAUUACGGAUCAGGAUCAAUUUCGGGCUUCUUCAGUCAAGAUAAUGUUGGAGUUGGUGAUCUUGUAGUCGAAGAUCAAGUUUUCAUCGAGGCUACACGAGAAGGACUUCCGUUUGUAGUGGCAAAGUUUGAUGGGAUACUCGGGCUUGGAUUCCAGGAAAUUUCAGUUGGCAAUGCAACUCCUGUCUGGUACAACAUGGCGGAACAAGGUAUUUUAAGUGACGAUGUAUUCUCGUUUUGGCUUAAUCGGGAUCCGGAAGCAAAAGAGGGAGGUGAGAUUGUUUUUGGUGGUGUUGAUGAAAAACACUACAAGGGGAAGCAUACUUACGUACCUGUUACUCAAAAGGGUUACUGGCAGUUUGAAAUGGGAGAUGUUUCUAUCGGGAACUAUUCAACAGGCUUUUGUGAGGAGGGCUGUGCUGCUAUUGUGGAUUCCGGAACUUCCUUGCUCACCGGUCCAACUCCUAUUGUGACCGAGAUCAACCAUGCCAUUGGAGCAGAAGGAAUCAUGAGCAUGCAAUGCAAAGAAGUCGUUUCUCAGUAUGGAGAAUUGAUAUGGCAGCUAUUAUUAUCAGGGGUGCAACCCGACAAAAUAUGUUCACGGAUUGGUUUAUGUUUCUUCAAUGGGACUCACUCUGUGAGAGCUAAUAUUGAAACAGUAGUGGAAAAGGAAAAUGAGGGAAUUUCAGCUGGGGACAGUGCUCUGUGCACGGCUUGUCAGAUGACCGUUGUUUGGAUCCAGAACCAGAUGAGACAAGAGAUAACGAAGGAUAAAGUGCUGAACUACGUGAAUCAGCAGUUGUGUGAGAGCCUACCGAGUCCGAUGGGAGAAUCAGUGAUCAAUUGUAACAGCAUUUCGAAAAUGCCAAAUGUUACAUUCACCAUUGGAGACAGAGCUUUCAACCUCACACCAGAUCAGUACAUUCUUAAAUCUGGAGAAGGUGUGGCCACUGUCUGCCUCAGUGGAUUUAUUGCUUUGGAUGUGCCUCCUCCUCGCGGUCCUUUAUGGAUCCUUGGAGAUGUAUUCAUGGGUGUGUAUCAUACAGUGUUUGACUAUGGUAACCUCCGAGUCGGCUUUGCUGAAGCUGCUUAGUCUCUCAGUUGCUGCAAAUAACACCUAGAGGUUCUGUAUGUUGUGUGAAGUGUGAACUGCUUAGUCUCUCUCAUUGUACACUAUCCAUAUAUUUGUGAUUACUAUCAUGAAGAGAUGUUAUACU